CGAUUUCGGUUCUCCCUCGCCGAAGAAUUCCCCUUCCGAAACAAAGCCCCGCUUAAAAAAAUCGGACAGCUUCCAUCCACUCCCCCACUCUCCUGGGCAGUAGUGCGUGCUCUGCUCGGGCUCAGCUCAGCUACCCACUUGCUUCCCUUCUCCUUCUUCCCCGUCAAUCUCCAUCUCAAUAAGAGCACUCGCAGUCGCCGUGGCCAAAUGCCGACGCCGAUGUCGCUGUCCUUCGCCAGCUCGCUCUGACAAGCCUCGCGGAGCACCCAGCCAAGAAAGAACCCGCGCCCGCCGCCGCAUCCCAGAACGGCCAUGGGCGCCUUCCUCCCCAUCCUGCUGCUCGCCGCCGUCGCUGCCAAUGCCGGCCUGCUGCUGGCGCAGGCGCUUAACCAGGACGGGCUCUACCUGCUCGACGCCAAGCGCGCGCUGACCGUCCCGGCGGGCGCGCUGGCCGACUGGAACUCCCGCGACGCCACGCCCUGCAACUGGACGGGCGUCUCCUGCGACGCGGCCGGCGCCGUCACGGGGCUCUCCCUCCCCGGCGCCAACAUCAACGGCUCCUUCCCGGCCGCGCUCUGCCGUGUCCCGCGCCUCCAGUCCCUCGACCUCAGCAACAACUACAUCGGCCCGGACAUGGCCUCCGAGGCCGUCGCCGGAUGCAAGGCGCUGGCCCGGCUCGACCUGUCCGUGAACUCGCUCGUGGGCACGCUCCCCGGCGCGCUCGCGGGCCUCCCGGAGCUCGUCUACCUGAACCUCGAGGGGAAUAACUUCUCCGGCCCCAUCCCGGACUCCUUCGGCCGGUUCCCCAAGCUCGAGUCGCUCUCGCUCGUGUACAACCUGCUGGGCGGCGAGGUGCCCUCCUUCUUCGGCGCAGUGCCCACGCUCCGGGAGCUCAACCUGUCCUACAACCCCUUCGCGCCGGGCCCCGUGCCGGCCGAGCUCGGCGACCUCGCCGCGCUGCGCGUGCUCUGGCUCGCCGGCUGCAACCUCGUCGGCCACAUCCCGGCUUCUCUCGGCCGGCUCCGCAACCUCACCGACCUCGACCUCUCCACGAACGCGCUCACGGGGCCGAUACCGCCGGAGAUUACCGGCCUUGCAAGCGCCGUUCAGAUCGAGCUGUACAACAACUCGCUCUCCGGCGCGAUCCCCAAGGGGUUCGGCAAGCUCGCGGAGCUGAGGAGCAUCGACAUCGCCAUGAACCGCCUCGACGGCGCCAUCCCGGACGACCUAUUCGACGCGCCCAAGCUGGAGACCGUGCACCUCUACUCCAACUCGCUCACGGGGCCCGUGCCGGAGUCCGCGGCGAAGGCGCCGUCGCUCGUCGAGCUGCGGCUCUUCACGAACCGGCUCAACGGCACGCUGCCCUCCGACCUCGGCAAGAACACGCCGCUAGUGUGCCUGGACCUGUCCGACAACUCAAUCUCCGGCGAGAUCCCGAGGGGGAUAUGCGACCGCGGCGAGCUAGAGGAGCUGCUGAUGCUCGAUAAUGCGCUCACCGGGCGCAUCCCCGAGGGGCUCGGGCGGUGCCAUAGGCUGAGGCGGGUGCGGCUUUCCAACAACAGGCUCGACGGCGACGUGCCUGGCGCGGUCUGGGGCCUGCCGCACAUCGCGCUGCUCGAGCUCAAUGGCAACCGGCUCACCGGGGAGAUCUCCCCGGUCAUCGCCGGCGCGGCUAACCUCUCCAAGCUUGUCAUCUCCAAUAACAGGCUAAGCGGGAGCAUUCCGUCGGAAAUUGGAUCUGCCGCGAAGCUCUACGAGUUUUCGGCCGACGGCAACAUGCUCUCUGGCCCGCUCCCCUCCUCUCUUGGCAGCCUCGCAGAGCUUGGUCGGCUCGUGCUCCGCAACAACUCGCUGUCUGGCCAAUUGCUCCGAGGAUUCCAUUCUUGGAAGAAACUUAGUGAGCUCAACCUUGCUGACAAUAGCUUUACAGGAGGCAUCCCCCCAGAGCUAGGUGAUCUGCCGGUGCUCAAUUACCUUGACCUCUCCGGCAACCGUCUUAGCGGCGAAGUACCAAUACAACUGGAGAACCUGAAGCUGAAUCAGUUCAAUGUCUCCAACAACCAGCUCAGUGGUCAGCUCCCGCCGCAAUAUGCAACGGAAGCAUACCGCAGCAGCUUCGUGGGUAAUCCAGGGCUGUGCGGAGAGAUUACCGGCUUGUGUGCCACCUCACAAGGAAGGACAGGGAACCACUCUGGUUUUGUCUGGAUGAUGCGCUCAAUUUUCAUAUUUGCAGCUGUUGUUUUGGUUGCCGGCAUUGCAUGGUUCUACUGGAGGUACCGGACCUUCAACAAAGCUAGGCUGAGUGCUGACCGCUCGAAAUGGACAUUGACAUCGUUCCACAAGCUGUCAUUCAGCGAGUAUGACAUCCUGGAUUGCCUUGAUGAAGAUAAUGUCAUUGGCAGUGGGGCAUCCGGCAAGGUGUACAAGGCAGUGCUCGGCAACGGUGAGAUUGUCGCUGUGAAGAAGCUGUGGGGUGGGGCACUGAAGAAGGAUAUGGAGAACAGCGGUGAGGGCUCGGCGGCUGACAACAGCUUUGAGGCUGAGGUGAGGACGCUCGGCAAGAUUCGGCACAAGAACAUUGUCAAGCUCUUGUGCUGCUGCACACACAAUGACUGCAAGCUGCUGGUGUACGAGUACAUGCCCAAUGGUAGCCUCGGCGAUGUGCUGCAUAGCAGCAAGGCUGGUUUGCUGGAUUGGCCUACGCGGUACAAGGUUGCUCUGGAUGCAGCAGAGGGGCUAUCGUACCUGCACCAGGACUGUGUCCCGGCAAUAGUCCAUAGGGACGUCAAGUCAAACAAUAUCCUCUUAGAUGCAGAAUUUGGUGCGUGUGUUGCAGACUUUGGUGUCGCCAAGGUGUUGGAGGCGACUGACCGAGCCCCCAAAUCGAUGUCAGUAAUCGCUGGCUCGUGUGGUUACAUCGCUCCUGAAUAUGCUUACACGCUCCGUGUCAAUGAGAAGAGCGACAUAUACAGCUUCGGUGUGGUACUCCUGGAGCUCGUGACCGGGAAACCGCCGGUUGACCCAGAGUUCGGUGAGAAGGACUUGGUGAAGUGGGUGUGCAGCACAAUUGAUCAGAAAGGAGUAGAACCUGUGCUGGACAGCAAGCUUGACAUGACCUUCAAGGAAGAGAUCAGCAGGGUCCUGAACAUUGGCCUCAUGUGUGCGAGCUCCCUGCCGAUCAACCGCCCAGCUAUGCGGAGGGUAGUCAAGAUGCUACAAGAAGUGCGCGCCGAGGAAAGGCAGAGGCUGGAGAAGGACGGCAAGCUGUCGCCGUACUACUACGAGGACAGCUCUGAUCAAGGGAGCAGUGUCUAAGGUAACCGCAAAAGAUAACACAGCAGCGCCCUUCUGUGACUUACCGAGCUGUAGGUAGGAAGGUUCAAAUUCCAAUUAUGGCCGAUUUACGCCGAAGUUCUUCAAAUCGGGUAGAUCUAGAGUGCUGAUUUUGACUGCUUGCUGCCUACGCCUCCAGCACCCAAUGUAACUUUGGAGCUACUAUGUUGUUCAGUCAUCCAGCGAUGGAGGACAGGUGGGCUAGUUAGGGUAUAGCUAGUGGGGCUGCUCUUGGUUGCGCUAGCUGUCUGUGGGCCGCGCCAUUGAUUCCGGUAGGGCAGAUGGCUCGUCUAAUCUUCAGAAAAAGUCUCUGAAGGGAAUCAAAUUGUAGGUGUGUAAUUAGUACUCUGCUACUUUCGCUUUCUCUUGAUGGAGAUGAAACAUUUGAUACAUGUUCAUGGCCCAUGUAUGGGUUGUUGCAUUGACUAUCUCCAGUAGAUGGGAUUGAACUGGAUACAGAUUGGUGAAAUUAUCAGAUGUAUCUUUAGUACUACGUACUACCAAGUGUUCAGUAGCAGUAGUAUGAUUCUUGUACUUGUUGGUUUCUGUACCAUUAUCAUCUCUUCCAGUCCACCACAAAUGAUUGCACGGCA